AUAUUUUUCUAUUGUUUUUUUUUUUUGUAGUGAAUAUUUAAACAUUUUAACUAUCGAAAUUAUGAAUCCAUCCAGCGCAUCAUUAAAUUGUAAUCCAGUUAAAAGAAACAUAUAUCACAUGAAUAUACCACUUUUUGUUUUGGAUGUUGUCAGAAUGUUUCAAGAUCAUCCAAAAUACAAAAACAAAUUAGGUCAUCGGGAUUUGGUUGAAUUAUUAAGGCAGGAAAAUUUCGCCAAUGGUGAUCUUGAUUCUCAAAUUGGAUCGGCUGUAAUGACUCUUGAAUAUUUGGGCUAUAUACGUUACAUAAAUAAUGGAUAUCGAACAUUGGGACCUUAUGCUAGACUUACCAAGGCUAAAAAUAUUAAACAAAAGAUCAAGGCGUGGGACGAAAUUCAGAAAAAGUUUUGUAUAGGCACUAUUUAGAUCAUUAUAAGCAGAAAUAAAUUUUGUACAGAGAUGUGUUGUUAUAAAAAUAAAAUCUGCACAAAUUAUUUGUUUUAAGAUAGCAGUCUACAACAA